AUGGCUCCUUCAGGCUAUCCCGAAGUGAAGGAAGAGAGCAACAAUGGAUUCCAUGUUGACCUCGAAAACUCAGGGUCGUUGGAUCAAAAGCCUGAAGUCCAUGAUGGGGAUCCGGUCCAGUCUGAUGAUUCUUCAAGUGAGACCCCGGAUAUAAAGACUCUCAAGUUCGAGCGCUCUCUACGCCAAUUCGAGCUAUGGCUGGGUCAGAAAUUGAACAUUGAGACUCGAGGGAUUGAGCGGGUGAAGGAGGAAGACAAAGAGCCGCCGCCGCUUAGAAAUACUUUCCUUAUGUGGUGGAGCAUGUUUUGUAACCCCGGCGGUCUACCCAUAGGUAUUCUAGGGGCUCAAUGGGGGCUCUCUCUACAGGAGUCUGUCAUUGCUACCGUCUUCGGCACCAUCAUAGGGGCAGUCCUAGUGGCAUGGUGUGGUGUAAUGGGUUCAAAACUCGGCUUGCGCGCCAUGGCAUCCUGUAGAUAUGCAUUUGGAUAUCGAGGUGCCAAGUUAAUCUCCGUCAUGAACAUUAUUCUAAGCAUCGGGUACGCCGUCAUCAGUACCACCGUCUGUGGUCAGUUGUUGCCAGCAGCAGCAGAUUACAAGAUAUCGACCAGCGUCGGCAUAUACAUCGUUUCCGCUCUAUCGCUCUUCAUUUCAUUCUUCGGGUUCUCCUUAAUUCACAAAUUCGAAAGCUACUCUUGGCUGCUCGCAUUCGUCCUGUUUUGUGUCCUGCUUGGACAAACCGUUCCUCAUAUGACGCCUGAGAUGAUUCACUUCAACCCUCACCGAGAAGGGUUUGCAGCCACCUUUUUAUCAUACCUCUCCUUCACCGCUGCUGGCACAUCUGGCUGGGCCACCGCAAUUGCCGAUUACUACUGUCACUACCCAAAAACGAUCCCUUCUUGGAAACUCAUGCUGUUGACUCUCGCAGGCUUUUCUACCUCCUCUGCUUUCGUAUCCAUUGUUGGAACUUGCCUUGGACUUGUGGCUAUCAAGUCAACUGGCCGGUUUUCGGAGGCAUAUAUUGCACACGGUUUGGGUGGAGUGGUACAAGAAAUAUCGCAACCUGCAGGAUGGUCAAAGUUCACGGUUGUGAUGCUCCUGUUCACCGUUCUUGGGGGUCUGAUCGCGAACUACUACUCCUGUGGCUUGUCAAUCCAGGUGUUAGGCCAACGCUUUCGCUAUAUUCCGCGGUUCAUUUGGAGUUUACUCAUUGCCGUCCUCAUCACCGUUCUGUCUCUUCUCGGCAAAGACCAUAUUGUCGAACUGGUCGGGAACCUAGGCAGCAUGUUAGGAUACCUGACGGCUGGUUAUUCCGUUAUAGUGUUCAUCGAAGAUCAAUGGUUUAGGAGGCAUGAUGGUUAUGAUUUAACGGCGUGGGAUGACAAGGACAGGCUGCCAUGGGGGCUGGCCGCCGUGGGAUCGAUGGCUGUGUCCUAUGGCGCUGGCGCUAUACCGGGAAUGAACACAACAUGGUAUAUUGGACCUAUCGCCGCCAUGUUUGGCAACCCAGCCGGAGAUGUCGGCCUUAUCUUGAACACCACAUUUACUGCCAUCACCUACUUUAUCUUCCGGACUAUUGAAAAACGCCUAGUUGGAAGAUAG